UCAGCCUGCUGGCACACGGUGAUUGCUGAGGAACAUGGACAGGAGAGAGCACCAGGAUGCUUCCAUAGUAAAGCACACACAGCAAACAUAGUGAAACACACACAGCACACAAUUAACCCUUUGAUCGCCCCAGAUGUUAACCCUUUCCUGCCCAGUGUCAUUAGUACAGUCUCAGUGCUUUUUAUUAGCACUGAUCACUGUAUUAGUGUCAUUGGGGAUGUCAGUGGCAGUUAGUUCCCAUCCAGUGUCAGAAUGCCCACCGCAGUCCCGC